CCUGUUCUUCUGUGCAGCAUCUACAACUUCCUUAUUUUUUUAUUCUCCACUAAAUGUUGUCCUUGCCACACAGGAACACACUCACAUUGUCGGCUGACCUUUCACAUUUCAAUACUGACUGGGAGGGAUUUUUUCCGUUCUUUGUUAAAGCCUCCCCCCCACCCCUAGUUCUCAAGUUGAAGGCAGUUCAAAGGGGAUUUUGAGACGUUAUUCAUUCCCAGAGCUUGGAAGUUCAAGUGGGCCCUAGUAGAGAAGAGACUGAAGCUAUGGAGGGCAAACUGUGUUCUAUAAUAUUCUGUCUUGGAAUGGUGAAUGCGGUUACUUCUUUGGUUAACCGACAUGCCUAUGAUGGAUCUUUAUCUGUAGGGUCCAGACUUGAAGUUCACGGAUCUUCCUUAUACAAUCACGGUCUCCCUGGAUAUGACAGACAUCUGGUGAAAAAAGAACAUUUGGAACAGAGCCUUUCCGAUACACCAAAGACUACAGCAACAGACCCCGUGGAUAGAAAUUCCCCAGGUGCUGAGCAUCCAGAUCCAAGGAGGGGGAACUGGUGCUCGUUUGUCCGCUCCCGUGUGGUGUCAUACGUUGAGCUGUGCAAGACGGAGAAGUACGUUAUAAGGUCACAGAUGCCUUGUCCAAGCAGGACAUCAGAUUGCCAAAAGACAAUGUAUCGGCUGGCCCAGAAGCCAGUGUAUGAAGUUAAACGGAAAGCAGUGACCAGUUUAGAGUGGAGAUGCUGUGAUGGUUAUAUCGGUGACCAUUGUGAGGACAAAGAUCCCAAUGCUAUACAGGUACCCGAAGAACUCUUGGCAAAGGUGGAGAAAGAGCUGGAACCUGCAAUGAGCACAGAUGCAUCUGAGAUCAUGAAAGAAUUACAAAGCCAAGAAAAUCUACUAGUGAGUGUUCAGAAUGAUAUCCAUCAGGCAAGUGGUAGUCUUCUGGAAUUUCAAAGUGGGAUAGAAAACAACGUGACGCUCACAAACGACAGUGAAAGCCAAUUAGCAGGUGUUGAAGACCGACAUCUCCGAGAAGUGCUUCUUCCUCAUGUGGAGAAUUUCCUUCGGGAGCAUUUUAAUCCGAUGUGGGUCAGUUUCAAUAAAAGUCUUCAAAACCUUUCUAGCAUUGUGAAAAACCUCUCAGAAAACGUGGAGUCCAAUAGGAAGAGAUUGGACAGAUUUCUAGAGAACAGUAUCCCACAAAAUGAUCUUCGUGAGCUAGGGUCAAAGUUUGAAUCAAAGAUCCAAGAGAACAUUGUAAAACUGGAACAAAUGAGACAUGAAAUGGACAACCAGUUUCACGUUGUGCAAGCAGGAAUUCAUUAUAACUUAACUAUGAUUAAAACGGAAACGGACAUGAAGUUCAAAAGGAAUCACAAGCUGCAACAAUCUCAAUUAUCGCAGGUCAAUCUUAGCAUCUCUGAACUUCGUAGAGAGCAAGAACAGUUUCAGGAUGACCUUCAGGAUAUUACUCAAAACAUAACCGAACUCUGGGAAUCUUGCACUCCAAAAGAAAGAGAAACCACCCCGGAGACCAGCCAUCAUGUCAAUGAGACCCUUGCAGAACAUAACAGGCAGAUUAAGGAUUUGUACACCGAAUCAGACGCAGCAUUUGAAAACAUUUCUACUCUGGAGAAAUGGUUUAAAGAACUUCGGACUGACUUUAAAAAGAAUUCAGAUGAAGUUCGGGUUUCCUUCAUAGAAAAAAGUCUCAUUUUGGAAGAAAACAAGGACUUUAUUCUGAGGCAACUUAUGGAGCUGAAUUACACUAUUGUUGGUAUUCAAGAAAGCAGUGAUGAGCUAUUUAGAAAUUGUGAUUGUCAAAAAAUGUCCUUGGAUAUUCUUUCCUUAGAAGAAGUGCAAAGAAACUUUUCUAAUUUAUAUAAAGACAUUCUGUAUGGAAUAGAAGAUGUGAAGCAAAAGGAAGGAAGUUCCAAAACUUCUCUAGAAAAUUCAUUUGAGGACCUUUCUCAAGCUCUUCAAAUGAAUCGUCUGUCCUUAACUGCUCAACAGGAACAAGGCAGAAGUCUAAUGAAUCUCACUUCACACCUUCAAUCCCAGGCAAAUAAUUUUUCCAAUGAUUUUGUAUUUCUAAAGAAGAACAAUAACCAAAUUCUUGACCAUAUUAAACUUCUUGACAGUUCUUUCAACUCUCUUUUGGAAGAUGCAACCAGACAUGACAGAGCCCUCGAAGCUUUGCUAGGUGAUGAACUUCUAGAGGAGUUUUCUGAAGAAACACCUUAUCUUUUGCAGAUGACCAUAUUACAGAUGUAUGAACUUCUUAAUGAAACUCAGUUCAGACUUGAAAACCAACAGCAAACUACCAAGUCUCUUAUGGACCGGAUCCACAUUCUUGAGAACCAACCUCAGAAGAAAGAUUACUCCGAUCCGAAUACAAUUUUUAACAUUGGGCAUCACAUAGAAGGUGUGACUAAUGAUAGUCCAUUUAAGCAGAACACCAUGAAUCGUAUGGAAACAAAUCAUGAUGCUUCAAGCGAAUAUGAAGCUACUAACAGUGAUAUCACUACUUUAAAAUAUGACAUUGAGCAUCUCAGCAUUAAAAUUAAACAGCUAGAAUCUUACUUACCUGAUGGUAAUGACACUGUAAUCAAUACCUUAAAGCCGUUGAAUAACUCCAUUGGAACCAUGAAAUUAGAAAUUGUUUCACUGAGAGAACUUUUUAGCAAACAUACUGAAACUUUUCAUAAGCUGUUUGGGAAUCAUGAAGCGUUAAUUGCUUCUAACACACCUCUCGAUCUGGCAAAAGUCCACUCACUUCUGGACAAGAAAGUGAAGAAAAAAUCCAGAGGGGGUGAAUUAAAACACAAAAAGAACGAUGAGCUGCAAUCUGAUGCAUCAGGAGAACUUCCCCCAAGACAAGAUUCUUCGGUAGCAUUUACUGCUAGUUUUACUGAAGGCGCAGACGCCGUAAGAUUAAUACAGUUUAAUAGCAUUCUCCUCAACUAUGGCAACGCCUUCAACCCAGAUGACUACGAAUUCUCAGCACCGUACAAAGGAGUCUAUGCUUUCUCGAUUAGUGUUGAUUUUGCUCCUGGACGAGCCCUUGGACACUUGGUGUUCAGAGGACAAGAAACAAUUAUCCUUCAAAAUAUCAGCACCAAAGAAGGUGAUGGUUUAAAACACAGCUUCGCAGUGGUGGAACUUGACAAAGAUGACAAAGUCUGGUUUAUGCUCCUUCAGGGCUCAAUUAAGAAGAAUUCUUCUGGAACCAUUCUGGCUGGUUACCUGAUCUUCAAAACGUGAAUAAACCCUCUUCGUGAACAUGUCCGAUAUAUGUGAACAGCAGUGUUUAAAAGAAUAAACAAUUAUCUAAAGUUUUAAAAGCUAGUUUAUCUAGGAGUUAUAAGGCGUUUUUGUAUUGAAUGUUUUUGAUUCUAGGUUUUGAGAAAUACCGACUUUAGUUGGUAGGCAUCAGCUAAUCUUCACAAUGCUUCCAUCAUAGUUCAAGACUGCUAUUGCCAAUCUCCUGACCUUUUAUGGACUGUCUGUAGCACAAUUCUUCCUACAACCACUGCAAUAACCCAUGACCACCUACUGUACUAUUGUGGUGCCUUCACUGAGGUCAACCUCAAUUAUCAGAUGCAAACUGUAAGUGGUCCUAGACAAUCAGACUAGAUAAGCAUUCAUGUUUGAGACCCUUAUUUCUUCACAUGAAUAUGUUUAAGUAAUUUUGUUACUUAUCCCAGAUUCUAUUGAGUAAUAUUGGUGACUGCUGAAUGUCCAAUGUUUUAAAAAGAGAAAUGUGUGUGUAUAUAUAUAUUUUAUUAUUAUUAGAAG